AUGUCGUCCUCAGAUGACACAUCAAAGGCCGUCGUCGAAAAGGUCGACGAGGGUUUCAAGGAGAGCAGCCGCAAGUUCGAUGCCAAGGAUAAGAGCGAAUACUUCGAUCCAUGCCAGGAGUUUGCCCAGAAGAGCAUCAGGUGCUUGCACCGCAACGGGGGCGACCGCUCCAUGUGCGGCGACUACUUCCAGUACGGCCUUCUCUGA